AUGGUCCUCCCUCUGGUCUGGCUCUCCCGAUGCUGCCGUCACCUCCUCCUGCCAUCCUGGGCCCCCACACUUCAGGGCUCCUGGAGGUGCUGUUCCCAGGGUCCCAGGAGGAGCACAGAAGAGACAAGCUCCACACGCAGUGGGAAGAUGUCACCCUCCAGGGAGCCCCAGCCCCGCCCCACAGCUGAGCUGGCCCAGGUGGAGGAGCUGCUGGAGCAGCAGCUGGAGCUGUACCAGGCCCUGGUGGAAGGGCAAGAGGGGGCCUGGGAAGCCCAGGCCCUGGUGCUCAAGACACAGAAGCUAAAGGAACAGAUGCGGAGACACAGAGAGAGCCUAGGAGAAGUCGCCUAAGCUUUCCACCAGUGGCCCCUUCACCCUCCAGCCCUGAAAACUGCACGCCACCCUCCCCAGCCCUUGGAUCAGCAACAUCCCAGCCUCUCCCAGGCCCUAAGAAAACAGAAGAAACUGCCACAAAAGAUCCAGAAGUUGGAUAGUCAUGAGAAGUCAUGGCCUCUGCAGUGUUUACACUCACAUCGCAGUUCAACACCUCCCGGUGACCUCAGCUCACAGCAGGGUACACAG